AUGAGUGUAACCUAUCGACCACUUGAUAUAUCAAACGCAGAUGAAUUAAAGCACGUCCAGAGAUUGAUAGACGCUGACCUCAGUGAACCGUAUUCUGUGUAUGUGUACCGCUACUUCUUGAACCAGUGGCCCGAACUUUGCUACUUCGCAUUCAGUGAAGGUGAAAAGGAUCCGGUAGGAUGCGUAGUUUGUAAAUAUGACGAUCACAGAGGUGCUAGACUGCGAGGCUACAUAGGGAUGUUAGCAGUGGCACAAAAUUUCCGCAGACGUGGGAUAGCUAAACAAUUAGUGGCUGUGGCCAUUGAGAAAAUGCAAGAGAUUGGCUGUGACGAAGUAAUGUUAGAGACAGAAGUCGAAAACACGACAGCACUGAGCUUAUACGAAGGAUUUGGAUUUAUCAGACUAAAACGCAUGUUUCGGUAUUAUUUGAACCAAGGCGAUGCUUUCAAACUAAUACUGCCGCUAACAGAAAAGAGUUGCACCAGAACAACGUUCUUAUUACAGCCAGAAACAGCGUUUGUUGAGUGA